UAUCAACCCAGUGGGUCAUAUCAACCAAGUGGAGCCAAUCAGCCAAGUGGGCCAUAUCAACCAAAUGGGUCAUAUCAACCAAGUGGUUCAAAUCAGCUUGGUGAAUAUAAUCCAUCUAGUGGACGCUACAAACCGAAUGGAUUUUAUCCCCAUAAUAAACCAAGUGGAAAGUACCCCACAAAGGGAACCUACCCACCAAAUGGGUCAUAUCAACCACCUAAUCCCCCAGGUUAUCAACCAGCCAGUCCACCAAAUUAUCAACCAGCCAACCCACCGAAUUAUCAACCUGGUUAUCCGGGAAAUUAUCCACCAUCUAAUCCACCCAGUUAUCAACCACCCAGUCCACCCAAUUAUCAACCAGCUUACCCAUCAAUUUAUCAACCAACAAUUCCACCUAAUUAUCAACCAGCGAUUCCACCUACAUACCAACCCCCUAAUCCACCUACAUACCAACCCCCUAAUCCACCUACAUACCAACCCCCUAAUCCACCUACUUACCAACCCCCUAAUCCACCUACAUACCAACCCCCUAAUCCACCUACUUACCAACCCCCUAAUCCACCUACAUACCAACCCCCUAAUCCACCAACAUACCAACCCCCUAAGCCACCGACAUACCAUCCUGGUGGACAGCCCUCCUAUCAGCCCAGCAGCCCCCCAUCAAGCCCCACCGGCUACCUGCCGUCCGGGUCUGGUCAACCACCCCAACCCCCCGUGUACUCCCCCGACCCGUCGUACGCCUCACCGCCGGCCAACCCACCGGCCGGUUCGGGCGUCGGUCAGCCAUCUUCUGGUUCUAACUACUACAACCCGAUUAACAUCAGUCCACCUCCCGUGACCCAACCAGGUGCGCAGGUCAUCACUGGGAACAUGGAGACGAACGGUAAGUGCUAUGGCCUACAAUAACUGAUCUCAUUAACCAGGAUUCACUUAAUUUAAGUACGGCUGCUUGCAGACUAUCUUUCAAAUUGAUACAAUGUAUUCUGUUAGAUAAAGUUGUUUUUUUUUUUUUUUAAAUUUUUAAAGAUAUUUUAAAAAUUGUAAAACGUGCUCACUUGAACAUACGUUUAUAAAGUUACGGUUGCACAUCCGGGUGUAUCACUCCUCCGUCUAGCAAGGGGUUAAAAACCCAAGGAUAUUAAUCCUCCGUCUUGAAAUCAAAUGGUUCAAAAUACAAGUGAAUUCCUCCUACUCCUACUUACGGCUGUCCUAAAUUCCGGUUUUAAACAGUUUCUCGGAGAGCAGCUAAGAAAGAAUAACGAUUGAUGUCCUUAUUUAUCGCUUGACCAGUUCACGACCUUGACCAGCUGGUCUUAAGCUUCAUUCACUACAUGUUUAUGUUGUUGUUUAUGAGUUGACCAUGUCUGAGGCCCCAUUCGAUGCAUGUGUAUGUUGUUGUAUAUGAGUACACUAUGUCAACAAUAAAUCAAUAGAUGCAAAGUAUAAUAUAUUGUUGUAUUUGAGUUGGCAUUGUCUUAGUAUUGGAUAAGGCUUUGCCAAGCCAUUUGAGUAGGCCUUGUCAUCUUAUUUGAGUAGGCCAUGGCAUCUUAUUUGAGUAGGCCUUGUCAUCUUAUUUGAGUAGGCCUUGUCAACUUAUUUGAGUAGGCCGUGUCAUCUUAUUUGAGUAGGCCGUGUCAUUUUAUUUGAGUAUGACUUGUCAUCUUAUUUGAGUAUGCCGUGUCAUCUUAUUUGAGUAGGCCGUGUCAUCUUAUUUGAGUAGGCCGUGUCAUCUUAUUUGAGUAGGCCGAUUCAUCUUAUUUGAGUAGACCUUGUCAUCUUAUUUGAGUAGGCCGUGUCAUCUUAUUUGAGUAGACCUUGUCUUAGGGACCAUUCACUAAGAUAUGCAUGAUGUUGUAUUUGAGUAGGUUUUCCACUACAACGAAUUUAUCUAUUUCACCAGCUCAUUUCUUUCCCCCUUUCGUCCGCAGUCGGCCAGGGGGUUGAUCUCACCAGAUACGGCUACGCCUACGAGAAUUUCCAGCCCACGUCCGCCCCUGCCCCGCGGACCUGCUCAAACUGCAAGACGUCCUGCGCCGAGGUGAGCAGCACCACCAAGGUCAUCGUGUCGUGUGCCGACUGCUGCUACAUCGACUGCGUCACCGGGUACAGAGUUUGUCCGUAGAACUUUGGACGCCGCGUCCUGAAGCUGAAGCUUACGUCGUGUUUGUAAAUGGUGACCAGAGUGCAUGGACAGACAUUGACUGAGAUGCGUUUGUAGGCAAAAAUUUGGGGGAUUCCCGAUCAUCUGAAAACAAAAGCUACUUCAACUUUGUUUGAUUUUUUGGUGUCCGCUCACAUUGGCUCUUGCA